AAUAAAACACGUAUUUUUUUAUUAAAAAAAUCAAUGAAAAAUGAUCGAAUGAUUUAUAAUCGAGUCCUUAUGGACUCUGAGUCAUGACGUCACCCCAAAGUGUCCAUAUUCAUAGCAUCGUGACGUCAAUUUACAGACGGUUAGAACUUGUUCAUUUUUCGUUAUCUUUUUACAAUGAAAAAAUCCGUAUUUAGUGUUUCUCAUCAAAUUUUUGCAUUUCAUCAACUUUUUCAAUAAAAAAAAUCACACAACAACCCAAUCAAUCGGAACUUCUCUAUUUGGCAGUGUGCGCACCAAGUCUUGAAGCAAAUUAAGCCGGUUCUCAUACAAAACGGAUCAUCACAAUGAAAUCAAAUGAUUCGUCGGGCGAGUUUCAUUGGGUGUCGCGAACGUAUCACAGAGUCUUGCCCGCUAAUCUAUCUUAAACUAUAAAAUAAUAGGAACUAGGAACUAUAUUCAUUACAUGAAAUUAAUUUCAGAGAGUUAGAUACUUCAGGGUUUUUCCAUUAAGAGGAUCAAUGAGGCCUGCUGUUUCAUCACUUGGUAUGGAAAUGACGAAGGGACUAAAAUUCAACAAAAAAUCAACAAUCGUCAGGAUUUUAACAUAACUCCAUCUUCAGAUUAUGCUGUCGUUGUGGCACAUUGAUUGAACCCAAUCCCUCGAACAUGUGCGUAGCAUGUCUCAGAACAGAGGUGGAUAUUACUGAGGGAAUACCAAAACAAGCAACAAUACACUUCUGCAGAGGAUGUGAGAGGUAUCUCCAGCCCCCCAAUGAAUGGAUACCCGCAGCGCUGGAGUCCAGGGAGCUUCUCUCGUUGUGUUUGAAGAAGUUGAAGGGUCUGCACAGGGUCAAACUCGUCGAUGCUAGCUUUGUUUGGACUGAGCCACAUUCCAAGAGAAUAAGGGUAAAACUUACCGUUCAUGCUGAAGUAGCUGGUGGAGCCAUUCUUCAGCAAAUCUUUGUCGUUGAAUUCAUUAUAACCCAUCAGAUGUGCGAUGACUGUCAUAGAACAGAGGCGAAAGACUACUGGCGUGCAUCAGUACAGGUACGCCAGAAGGCUAUCAACAAGAAGACGUUCUACUAUUUGGAGCAAUUGAUACUGAAGCACAAGGCUCAUGAACAGACACUAGGGAUCAAGCCCAUUCAUGAGGGGUUAGAUUUCUUCUAUGCUAACGAAGCUGCUGCAAGAAAAAUGGUCGACUUCCUGACUGCUGUGCUGCCUUGUCGUUAUCAACAGUCCAAGAAACUCAUGUCUCAUGAUAUUCACAGCAAUAUCUACAAUUAUAAGUUCACAUACAGCGUUGAAAUCGUUCCAAUUUCCAAACACAGUGUUGUGUGCCUUCCCAAGAAACUAACGCACCAACUGGGAGGUAUAAAUCCGAUCGCUCUUGUCUACAAAACAACGAGUGCACUGCAUUUGAUUGACGUCGCUUCGGGUCAAAUUGCUGAGGUAAGUGCAACUGUUUAUUGGAGGCACCCCUUCAACAGCAUCUGCAAUCCAAAGCAGUUGACAGAGUACAUCGUGAUGGACAUAGAGCCCAUGAGAGAACACGAGAGAAAAAUAUUCCCUGGCCAGGGGGCCCUUUCGUACAAGCAUGUUGUGGCUGAUGUGUGGUUGGUGAAAGCAUCGGACCUGGGUGUUAAUGAUAACCCCAUUCAUUCACGAACGCAUUUGGGUCACGUUUUGAAGCCCGGAGACUCGGCCUUGGGAUAUGCAGUUGGAGACAGCAACAUCAAUGAUCCCAACUACGAUAAACUGGCACAGGACAGCAUUCCAGAUAUAAUUCUGGUGAAGAAGUUCUACGGAACAGAAAGGACUGCGAGGCGAAGGGCGAGAAUGUGGAAAUUGAAGCAUUUACACGAUGAAGUGGUAUCCAUGGGCACUGAUAACAAUGAGUACAAUGACUUCUUGGAAGAUCUUGAGGAAGACCCCGAAAUGCGCCAGAAUAUCAAUAUCUUCAGGGACAGCAGUAAACAAAUACCGGUGGAUUCAAAUGAUUUGGAUCCGAGUGUACCACAGGUUACACUCGAGGAAAUGCUGGAGGAUCUUGUGAUUGCGGACAGUGAGAUGACUGAGGUUUAUGAAUAAAGUCAAUGACGGAAAUCAGUGGGAUUAUUAGGAAUAAAAGUUUUUGUUCACAAAAAAAGAA